CGCACUCCAAUCUGUAUCAAUCCGGGGACUUGUUCACGUAGGCAUUAGCUGGUAUACACAGUCACGGCGAAGAUACUAGUUAACUGGAACUACUAGACAUGGGAGGACAACUUACAUUUCCACGGGUUACUAUCCCUACCAGUCGAGUGCACAUUAUUACUGGCUCCAAUACUGGUAUCGGCUAUGAGACGGCAAAAUGGAUAGCCAUGUUAGGAGGGACUGUCAUAAUGGCGUGCCGGUCGAAGACCAGAGCAGAAGAGGCGAUUGGCCGAAUGAAGAAGGAGUAUGAACAGGAAAAAACUAAAGGCUCACUUGGAGGUCUCGAAAACUCUAUGCAACUUAGUGUGUUCUUCAUGAAGCUAGACUGUAGCUCUCUCAAAUCAACCAUGGAAUUUAUUGAUGAAUUCAAGAAAACUGGUCUCAAACUGCAUGUGCUGAUAUGCAAUGCUGGCGUUGGAAUGCACAAACAGGCUUUUACGGAAGAUGACAACGAAAUCCACUUUCAGGUGAACUAUCUAAGCCACUUCCUGAUCGCGGCACACCUACUUCCGCUUAUGAAGCGAUCGGGAGAUGAUUGUCGAAUUGUCCUUGUAUCCAGCAUGCUCCAUAGUCUCGCCAAGUUUGAACUGUCAACUAUUCAUGGAAAACAGUGCUCACCGCGUAACUUCGAUAGACUACAGUACUAUGGCCGGUCAAAACUCUACCAGAUUAUGCAGAUGUACAGCAUGAACCGCCGUCUCCGAAGCUCAAACGUCACUGUGACGUCAUUGCAUCCCGGGGUCGUGCGGACAGAACUGGAGAGAAAUUUUAAAGACUUCCCCACUAUGAGGAUGGGGAUGUUUAUGGCAAAACUGAUAGGAUACUCGGUAACCCCAUUUGAAGGAGCACAGACGACCUUAAACGCUGCGAUUAACCCUGAUUUUGCCGGAGUCAGGGAUGUUUACUUUGUCAAGUGCCGAGGAGAAUGUCCGGCAGAAGCUGCAAGGAACGUUGCCUACCAGGAAUCAUUGUGGCAGUACACACUCGAUAGUCUCGAUUGUUACCUCACGGACGACGUCAAGAGUGAGCUGAACGGCAAUCUAAAGAGCAACUUGCAUAGAGGUUCUGUGCGAUGGUCGUCAUAGACACUAACGGUUACCCUGGCUACCCCUGCAACCAAAGACAUGAAAAUGCAUGACCAAACCCGUGAUCAAGGCAAGCACGCGAUCAUUACACACGACGAGCUAUACGACUUUGUAAAUAUCGUGAUAGUCCAAAUCACCAAUACCUUACACGACCUAUAUUGCAUGCUAACAAAAUACCAAGUCAAUAUUGUUAUCAAUGACAAGGUUGGUAAGGUCGACAUAAGUAUGUGACAACAUAUAUCUAACAUACGUGUACGUAAAACACUCACAGUCAACAUCUAUAUUGUAUAUAUGUGGUAUUUUACUGUAUACUAUAUCUCUCCAUACGUAUAUGUUAUCAUGCUACAUCACCUUAAUAUAGAUAUGUUUUGAACGUGUCGUUGAGCUGCCAUUGUCAUGACAGGAUUUUGCUCUAAAACAGUGCAUUCAUUCUUGCGUUUUCGGGGCACGGUAAAUUAUACCGAUUGCUACUAUUUUAGCAAGAAUGCUUUCGAUCGUUCAAGAUGAGAAAUUUCUCCAGAAAUAAAAAUGAAUGAUUUCCGAAGAGAUUAUUCAAGAACAUUAUUCAAGAACACUGUGAGCGUGUACCGGUGCUGCCAUCUUGCGAGCGAAACACGUAUAUGACUUUACCGAGAACAUUUGAUCUGUUUGUUAUGGAAAAUUGGAUUUUUUAGGAAAUGCACGUGUAUACGGGAGUGACCGUUAGGACAUUAUAAGCACGUUAAUCCAACAGGUGUAUUAAUUACAUGUGUCGAUAGCAAUGAUUUUUACCCUGAAAGAGUGGUUGGGUCUAGCUGUAGAUGUGUGAUUCGGUUACUCUACAUGAGUGAAUGGGUCUAGUUUCGAAGAUAUGUGGCCCUGUUGCCCUACAAGAGUGGUUGGUUAUUGGUGAAGGUGGAACCCGAUUACCCAACAGAAGUGGUUGGGUCUAGCUGAAUAUCUGUGGCCCGGUUACCCAACAGAAGUGAUCGGGCCUAUCUGAAUAUCUGUGGCCCGGUUACCCUACAGGAGUGGUCGGGUUUUAAAAGUUGAAGAUUUGUGACCCAGUUACCCUACAGACGUGAUCGGGUCUAUCUGAAGAUAUGUGGCCAUGUUACCCUACAAGAAUAGUUAGUGCUAGUUGAAGAUGUGUGACCCGGUUACCCUACAGAAGUGGUUGGGUCUAGUUGAAGAUGUGUGACCCGGUUACCCUACAGAAGUGGUUGGGUCUAGUUGAAGAUGUGUGACCCGGUUACCCUACAGAAGUGGUUGGGUCUAGUUGAAGAUAUGUGAUCCGGUUACCCUAAAGGAGUGGUUGGGUCUGGAUGAAGAUAUGUGACCCUGUUGCCCUACAAGAGUGGUUGGUUCUAGCUGAAGAUGUUUGACCCAGUUACCUUACAGAGGUGGUAGGGUCUAGCUGAAGAUGUGGGACCCAGUUACCACAGAAGUGGUCUAGCUGAUGAUGCACCCUUGGUUGCUCUAAUGCCUUUGUUUGCCACUUGUACGUAUAAAGACAUGCUAAUUGUAAUAUUACCGGAUUUAUAUGGUUAUUUCUUCAUGUUUUGUUGUACCUUUCGUUGUAUUUGAUCUGCAAAGGCAUUACUAUUAAAUUAUUUCCGGAUUUAUUGUUUAUCUUAAUCGUCUGUUUUUCUUGCUAUAAUUAGCUUCAUACGGUAGACUGCCUUAGUCUUAAUUAAUGAUAGACGUUUAAUGCCUGUACAGUUUGCUAUCUUUAUUCAGAGACUUAUCGAAUUAUUACACUCUGCUAAAUUGUACAUCGUUAUGAGAGUAAUGACUGUAAGCUUAUUGUAUCAUUAAAUUUCUUUAUUAAAUUUGAAA